AUGGGUAUCGAAUUAAAUCAAGCUAGUCUACAAAAGGCUUUUCAAUCCCGUCCAGAUAUACAAAAUGCCAUAGCAGCAGCAUCGCAAGCCGGCCCAGAAUAUAUCGAGCUUUUCAAUCAAAUUUCUCUACACAUCUGCGAGACAAUAUCCCAGCAAACCUCAGAACCAGCUUCGAAGAAACGCCGCAUAGACGAGAGCCUUGCAAGUCGAAGCGUUCAGAAUGGCACAAGUGGCACAUCAAAUGGUGCCGGUAGUGCACCUGCAACUGGAGAAGAUUCAGUCUUACUUGAGAUCAAAGAAAUCUCAGUGGUCAUACCGCAGCGCAAGAAAUAUACCCUCUGCUUCACAUCAGCACAUCUCUACGCACAAUUGCCAACUUCCGAGGAACCUGUGACUGGCAUGAGCUAUGCUUGGAAGGACAUUGAAUAUGUAUUUUGUCUUCCAGUCCCAGAGAAGACGCAAAAACAAUAUAACUACAUACUCUUCCCCAAGAACUCUAUUAUAACACCCUCCAAAACUUCACCUUCUGCACCACCCACAAAUGAACCUUUAGUUUUUACCAUCACAGAUGGCGCGCCAAAAAUAGGUACUAUUGGGGGAACAGAUAGUUCAGCGGCUUCAUCAGUCUCCGAUGACUACAAAGCCCUUUUCAACUGGGCUCUUACCACUCGGUUGAAGGCUGCCGGUAAUACUCUCAAGAUAGCAGAAUCGGACCCUAGAUUAUUUUCUAGUGCAAUAAGGCAAAGUCAUCGGCCGAGCGAGAAAGCAGUGCAUGUCAGGGCAUUCAGAGGAUCUAAAGAUGGAUAUCUGUUUUUCCUGCCUACUGGAAUAUUAUGGGGCUACAAAAAGCCAUUGCUAUUUCUACCGCAUAACCGCAUCGCUGCAUUAUCAUUCACAAGCGUCUUGCAACGGACCUUCAACCUCUCGCUGGAUAUCGACAUGUCCACUCCAGGCGGCGAAGACCUUACCGAAGAGAUGGAAUUCCAAAUGAUAGACCAAGAAGAUUUCGCCGGCAUAAACGAGUUUGUACAAAGACAUGGAUUACAAGAUAAGAGUAUGGCCGAACAGCGUAAGGCUAAGCGGUUGAAUGUGAAUGUGAUGAAGGAUGAAGAGGGGAAUGUAGUAGGAAAUGCGGAGGCGGGAGAAUUAGAUAGGGCAGCACAGGAAGCGGAACAGGCGGCGUUGGAUGAGGAAGAUGAGGAAGAGGAAGAUUAUGAUCCGGGGAGUGAGGGUGAGAGUGAAGGGAGUGGGACGAGUGAUGGUGAGGAGGAUGAUGAUGAUGAUGAUGAUGAUGCUGGGGAUGCUGAGAAGGAUGAGGAUGGGGAUGACGGGGAGGAGGAAGAGUUGUAG